AUGAAUAAUUCUACAGGGAACUUCACCACAUCUGAGGCAUCUACAAACUCCACAACUCAGUCCUUUUGGUUAGUGAACAGACUGGACAUUUUUCUGUACAGCAUCAAUUUGCUGUUUGGUCUUCCUACACACUCCUAUGUUAUAUGGCUCAUCAUCACAGGAAGUGGAGUUGCAUCAGAGUUUUUCAACCUCAAUCUCUCUGUUUGUGAGCUUGGUAGCAGUCUAAAUUGUUUGUUCUGUAUACUUGAUUGGUUUUCACAUCUUAAGACAUUAACAUAUUUGUUAUUAGGGCUAGGCAUCACCGGUCGUCCUGUGUUUCAGUGUCUGAUGUGUGUUGAGCGUUACCUGGCAGUGGUUCAUCCUGUAACCUUUCUGAAGUACAAACCUCUCAGAUAUAGAGUGAUCUGCUGCACUGUGGCCUGGAUAAUCACUCUUGGAUCCUGUUUCUAUAGUUUUUUUAUUGAAAUCUCACAAAACAGUCAUAUGCUACCAUGGUUCUUCUUACUGCAGUUCCUCCUCUUCUUCUCCGUCCAGUUGUUUUGUCUUGUGGCUGUUCUCAGAGCUCUGAAGCAGUCAGGACCAGGAGAGAGAGGGAGAGAGAGAGAGGAGGAAAACCACAUGAAGAGAAGAGCAUUUGAUCUUAUUUUAAUUACUACUGUGAGCAUGAUUAUUAUCUAUAUGCCAUUUAUUAUCUCAGGAUUCUGUUUCAUUCUGAUGCAACACUUUAUUAAGGAACUUUUUUCUUUUGGUUUUAUUUUUUAUAUACUGGCUGGUUUUGUUCAGCCUGUUCUUUACCUGCGCCGGACUGGAAAACUCUCCUGCCUUUGCUCUCCAUCAAUUGUUCAAUAA